UGUUUUGUACAUUCCACACAUCCGUGAUAGCCAAACUCCGAUCAUUCUUCCAGACCACCCAAGAUGAACGACGUCGAAGAGGUCGAUCUCUAUGAGGUCCUCGGCAUCAGUAACAGCGCCAGCAAAGUAGAGAUCAAAAAGGCGUACCACAAGGCAGCACUCGCACACCACCCCGACAAGGUCGCCGUCGAAGAGCGCGAAGAGGCUGAGAUCCGCUUCAAGUCGGCCAAGCAAGCCUACGAGAUCCUGUCCGACGAUGAUAAGCGCCACCUCUACGACACCCACGGCAUGGCCGCCUUCGACCCGGCCCGCGGCGGCGGCGAGCAGCCCGAUAUGGACGACAUCCUCGCCCAGAUGUUCGGCGGCAUGGGAGGUAUGCCCGGCAUGGGUGGCAUGGGUGGCAUGGGCGGUAUGCCCGGUGGUCCGGGGCGAAACGUGCCCCGCAAGGGACGCAACGUGGAGCAGGAGUACGAGGUCACGCUCGAGGAGCUGUACAAGGGCAAGACGACCAAGUUCUCCAGCACCAAGAACGUUGUCUGCAGUCAGUGCGAGGGCUCAGGCGGAAAGAAGGGGUCCAAGAGCCACGACUGCUCAGUCUGCAACGGCCGCGGCGCAAAGCAGGUCCUCCGCCAGGUCGGCCCCGGCCUCGUCACCCAGGAAACAGUCGUCUGCUCCACCUGCCAGGGCUCCGGACAGAUCAUCCCCGAGAAGCAGCGCUGCAAGAAAUGCAAGGGCAAGAAGGUCGUCGAGUCCAAGAACGUGCUCGAACUCUACAUCCCCCGCGGCGCACGACAGGGCGAACGCAUCGUCCUGCAGGGCGAAGCCGACCAGCUACCCGACCAGGAGCCCGGCGACAUCAUCUUCACCCUCGAGGAAGCCGAGCACGAGACGUUUGAGCGCGCGGGCGCUGAUCUGCGUGCCAUUCUCAAGAUCUCCCUCGCCGAGGCCCUGACAGGCCUCAACAGGGUGGUUCUGACACAUUUGGACGGCAGGGGCAUCCAGCUCAACGUCCAGCAACCGAACGGCAAGGUCCUGCGCCCAGGCCAGGUCCUGAAGGUCCCUGGUGAGGGUAUGCCCAUGAAGCGCAGCGAUGCAAUGGGUGACCUGUAUCUGCAAGUCGACAUCGAGUUCCCCGAGGACGGGUGGCUCAAGGACGACGCUGCGCUGGACAAGGUCAAGGCGGCGCUGCCAGCAGCAAAGCCGUUAGACGCGAAGCACGAGGAAGUCGAAGAGGUCGACAUUGAAUACGAGGCCGACAUGGACGACUUCGGCGCUGGUUCCGGCGACCCACGUGCUGGCGGCGCUGAGUGGGAGGACGAAGAGCAAGAGCAGGGCGGCCCCCAGUGUGCCACACAGUAGGCUGCAUGCGGAACAGCAGCUUUUGUAACAGGCUAUCGAAACGACAAGUUUGAGGGGACAUGACAUUGUGAGCGGGACACGACUUGCAUGGUUCGGCGUUGGUGGUGGCUGUCCUUUUUCCACGGACAUGCAUGAUACAGUACGGUCUGAGGCUUAGAUCUAGUCAUGAGUUAUUUGCGCAGGACUUGCGUACGUGCAUCCAGGUUUUGUGGCGCGACUAUUACUAUAGUGCCACACACAAUCAUGAUGGCUACAUUGGUGCCGCGGGCAGGUGCCGUAUACGUAAGUACGUUUCCAGAACGAAAGUAGCUAGUCAAAUCUCAUCUCGAGGUUCUUUUGUCUCUUGCAAGGUUCUCGAAGUACUAUAGGUGCAGAGGCUACAUCAGAUAUUGACCUCAACGACG